AUGAAGUCCUCGGCUACUGUUGUGACUUUGUGCCCUCUCUGGUGGACCCUUGCCCUGGUCCUGUUUGUGCAGCAGCUCAGUGCAGGAGGCAUCGACGGCCCGUGUGACGGUAGAGACUGCUCUGUGUGUCAGUGUCUUCCUGCCAAAGGUGCUCGGGGAGCUCCAGGUAGGGCAGGGGAGCGAGGUCCACGAGGAUCUAUGGGACCGUGGGGACGUGCAGGACGACCUGGAGAUAAAGGCAGGAUGGGAAUGGCAGGAUCAUAUGGCCCAGAGGGGCCCAAAGGAGACCGCGGCUCGACUGGUGCUCCUGGUUUUCCCGGUGACAGCGGUUUGCCUGGUCACCCAGGGGCAGGUGGGGAGCCUGGUGCAGUAGGAGUGGAUGGCUGUAAUGGGACAAGGGGUCUUCCAGGAGUCCCUGGUUUUCCCGGUUUGGAUGGUAUCCAUGGGCCGCCGGGAUUCCCUGGACCUAAAGGAAUUAAAGGAGAACCUCUAUAUGGUACCACCCUUCCAGGACUUCCUGGCGACCGUGGGAGAGAUGGGGAACCUGGACUGCCCGGGUAUGGAGGACCUCAAGGUCUGAGAGGACCACGGGGUGACCCUGGAGGAUCACUGGCAGGCGACAAAGGUGACAAUGGUGAACAGGGCCCACCUGGUCCACAAGGAGCAGAGGAAAUCAUAAUACCGCCUCCAGAAAUUCUUCCACCUAAAGGUUACAAGGUGAAAGCAGCGCCCUCGUCUUCUGCAUAUGGAGACAAAGGUCGUGCUGGACCAUGUGGACCAAAGGGCAGAGAUGGUGGAGGUGACUACUAUACUCCAGGAAUUAAAGGAGAGCAAGGAAUCCCUGGAUUUCCUGGAAUUCGGGGUCUUCCAGGAUAUCUUGGUAGGGAUGGAGAAACUGGACCUGAGGGCUACCGUGGAGAAAAAGGACUUCCGGGUCUCUUUGGAAGAUCUGGACCAAAGGGUUAUCCAGGAGAUCAAGGUCUCCCUGGUCGCACCAUCUAUCACAACGGAAGUGAUGCGAGAGGUGCUAAAGGUGACCAUGGAUAUCCAGGACCACAGGGAAUCCCAGGGGAACCUGGGAACAUGGGCAUGCCUGGUCCACCUGGUCCACCAGGGUCAACAGAUGGGGGAGGAAGGCCCGGUCCACCAGGCCCCACUGGUCCUAAGGGCUACAAGGGAGAGCCAGGAAGGUUCACCAAUUUUGAAAUCGAUCCAUUUCCAGGGCCAAAGGGACGUAAAGGCCCCCCAGGAAUCAAAGGUGUCAUAGGCCCCGCAGGUCCUCCAGACUACGAAUGUGAGCCUGGUUACCCAGGGGAGCCUGGUGAUCCUGGACCCCCAGGAUUUCCUGGAAACAAAGGCCUUAAAGGAAUAAAAGGUUGUCCAGGAGAGUGUGACUGUAGGUCUGGGGGUGUGGGGGUUAUGGGACCUCGUGGUCCAGUUGGUUAUCCAGGGCCUCCAGGUUUACCUGGAAAUCCAGGACUUAAGGGGGACCCAGGUCUGAAAGGAGAUUACGGACUAAGAGGACCACAAGGAUUUCAAGGAAUUUCUGGUAUAAAGGGACGAAAGGGUCAGAAAGGUGACUUUUUUGGAACGGGUGUUAAAGGUGUCAAAGGGGAUCAAGGAGACCCAGGAUUUUCCGGUCCUACUGGAGGAAUAGGUAGACCAGGGUCGGACGGCCUCCCUGGGCCUGUGGGAGACCCUGGACAACCAGGUGCUGGGUAUACAGGAUUGCCAGGUCACAAAGGUGACCCAGGUGUUCCGGGAUCAAAAGGCUUGCCAGGGCCUUCAGGUCGCCCUGGUUCUGAUUUUCCAGGACCUAAGGGGGCACCAGGACCUAAAGGAAAUCAGGGAUUUCCUGGCCUACCAGGGAUUCCUGGAAGACCAGGCCCUCCAGGUGAAACAGAGCCAUGCUGUGACGGAGACGAGAUUGGCCCUCCUGGUCUUAAGGGAGAGCGAGGUUCACCAGGGAUUCCAGGUGUACCAGGAAGAGAUGGAUCACCAGGAAUUCCGGGACAUGAUGGCUCUAAAGGCAUGAAAGGAGAUGACGGUCUUACAGGAGGGAUUGGACCGCCAGGACGCCCAGGUUUACUAGGGGAUCCAGGUGAUCCGGGUUCCACCGGGAUUAGUCUGAGUGGCCCUCAAGGCCCUCCUGGGGCACCUGGACACCCAGGCAGAAAAGGUGAACCAGGAGAUAUCCUUUCGGCCAGGCCAGGUGCUAUUGGCCCACCUGGCCUCACUGGGGCUACAGGGAAAGGUGGACUCCCUGGAAAUCCUGGAAAUUCAGGAUCUCCAGGCCCCCAAGGCCCAAAUGGAAGACCAGGCCGUAAAGGAGAGCCAGGUACCCAGGGUGACCCUGGAGCCACUGGUCCCCGAGGUCCACCUUGUACUGACUAUGAAAUCAUUGGUCCACCAGGACCUCCAGGAGCUCCUGGAAACCCUGGGCCAACUGGAACACCUGGCUACUUCGGUCAGAAGGGUAAGAAGGGGGAUAUAGGUCCACCUGGUCAUGGACGGAGGGGUCCACAAGGGUUUCCUGGUCCUCCCGGUUUUCCAGGUCCUGCUGGACCAAAAGGCACCUCUGGCUUGCCAGGAGAUCCUGGUCCAGAUGGCUGGCAUGGACAGAAAGGUGAAAGGGGGGAUCCUGGCAGGCCUGGAACAAGAGGCUUACCUGGACUGCCUGGACCUCGAGGACCGGGUGGUAUACAAGGAGAGAGGGGUUUGAAUGGGCGCCCAGGUAACCCAGGACAUCCAGGACCACCUGGUUAUAAAGGUUCAAAGGGAGAACCGGGAUCACCAGGAGCAUCAAAUAUUGUGAACGUAACUAAAGGCUACCCAGGACCUGAAGGAAUAAGGGGGUCACCAGGCCAACCAGGAUUUCCAGGCUUAAAGGGAAGAGGGGGAGAUCCAGGUGAUUUAGGGCCCGAUGGAUGGCCUGGUCCGGCAGGGUAUAAGGGCUUCACCGGUGAUCCUGGAUCGUCAGGAAGGCCAGGACCUCCUGGGUAUCCUGGAGCUAAAGGUUUCCCUGGUCCAAGGGGACUCCCUGGCAACGAUGGCGAUCCGGGAGAUCUAGGACCCCUGGGAAGUAUCGGUAUCCCUGGACAACCAGGAUUUCCUGGUGCCAAGGGUGAUCCAGGGCAGACUUUUGGACAGCCUGGUGCACCUGGACCCAAAGGAUUGCGAGGGGAGGACGGGCCCAGUGCACCUAGAGGGAGCCCUGGAGACCCAGGUGACCCAGGACACAGAGGAAGGCCGGGGCACCCUGGACAACCAGGCCUUCCUGGAGAACCGGGAGGAGGAGGACCACCGGGCUUCCUUGGGCCGCGUGGCCCAUCAGGUAUUCCAGGUUUUCCAGGGCCUCCAGGUGAUGUAGGAGGUGUGGGACCACCAGGCCCGCCAGGCCCAUAUGGGCCUCCAGGGCCCCCUGGACCACCAGGUCUGGAUGGACUGAAUGGGCUGCAAGGUCCAGCGGGGAUAAAGGGAGCAAAUGGCAUAGACAUCCCUGGCCCUCCAGGACCAGAUGGUUUUCCAGGACCCAAAGGUGUCAGGGGCUCCAGAGGACCUCCAGGAAGCGCUUAUGCUUCGUUUAAAGGCGAAAGGGGUCCGCCUGGUGAUACAGGUUUUCCAGGCUCACCGGGUGAUCCUGGUUACUCUGGCAAAGAAUGCCAAACGCCUUCGCCAGGAUCUUACGGGGAUGCAGGAUACGAAGGACCUCCAGGUCCCCCAGGUGCUCAUGGAGAGCCUGGGGCACCAGGCAGCACAAGCAGUUUGUCCAAAGGAGACCCAGGGCCAAUUGGCCUUCCUGGGUUACCCGGACGUAAGGGAAAUAAAGGCAACCCCGGACCCCAAGGACUUUCAAACUACCGAGGCACUACAGGACCUAAAGGUGAGCCAGGUCCCGGUGGUCCGAGGGGUCUUCCGGGACCCAAAGGACCACAAGGUCUUCCUGGGCCCCAAGGCCGUAAGGGAGAUCCUGGCCCUCAUGGAAAUAUAGGUGCCAAAGGUGCCCGCGGUGAUUCUAUUUAUGGACGUCCAGGAUCGGCGCCCCUUGGACUCCCAGGACCUCGUGGUCACCCAGGACCUGCGGGCUUCGUAGGUGACCUGGGUCCUCCUGGAAUUCCUGGACGCAACGGAGACAGAGGCCCUAAAGGUGCUGUGGGCCUCCCUGGCAGACCAGGUGGUCCUGGUCGUGACGGUCCAAUUGGAGACCCAGGAGAUGGUGGUGCACAAGGAUUUACUGGACCUCAAGGUAUCCCAGGUAGUCCUGGUGAUCCUGGAUUGCCUGGCCAUGGGGGUGUAUUUAGAGCUGGCUUCCUUUUGGUCAUCCACAGUCAGUCUAUUCAUGUGCCACAGUGCCCUGUAGGCAGCAGUCAGCUUUGGGUGGGCUACAGCCUCAUCUACCUGGAGGGACAAGAGAAGGCCCACACACAAGACCUGGGCCAGCCUGGCUCCUGCCUCCCUGUUUUCUCCACCAUGCCUUUCUCUUACUGCAACAAAGCCGCCUGUCACUACUCUAGUCGCAAUGACAAAUCCUACUGGCUGUCCACCACCGCUCCCAUACCCAUGAUGCCGCUCUUUGGCCCGGAAAUAAGAUCCCACAUCAGCCGCUGUGUGGUGUGUGAGACGGCUUCACCUGCCGCGGCUUUUCACAGCCAGGAUCAAACCAUCCCUCCAUGCCCACCUGGCUGGCGGAGUUUGUGGACGGGCUUCUCUUUCCUCCUGCACACAGGGGCAGGUGACGAAGGUGGCGGCCAGUCACUGACGUCCUCCGGUAGCUGCCUCAAGGAUUUCCGAACUUACCCCUUCAUCGAGUGCCAAGGCGCACGAGGCUCCUGUCACUACUUUACCAACCUUUACAGCUUUUGGCUGACGACUGUGAGUUGGACAGAGGAGUUCACCGACCCAAAGCCGGACACCAUUAAAGCGGCCGACCGACAGCGACGCAAAGCCAGCCAGUGUAACGUCUGCCUCAGACAACUGUAA